AGGGCACAAAACCUGCCCCCCUAAAAUGACUUAGGUGUUCUCCUUUGCUCGUAAAACCAGGUGAUCUUUGCUUGUGCAGGCAGCUUUCUGCCGCGUUUCGUGUGGAGGCAGUCGGGCUUGUUCUGCUGGCCUUCCUCCCUCUUCCCACGACCCUUGGGCAGGGCUGGACUUAGUAAUUUUGAGGAAAUGCCACCUUCCCCUGUGUGUGACAUGUCUUUAAGUCUUUUUUGUUUUACCUACUGUUUGCAGAUUGGAGGGGGAAGAAUGGGGAUGGGGUUAUUGCCAAAUAUGUUAAAUAUGGGUUGGGGUUGCUUGUGUAUGUAUCUCCCUCAAUUUCCCCAGAAAUGAGGUAUCUUUGUUUUCUCAGUCCAAAAUCAAGAGGGUGGGGAGAGAGAGGAGGGAGGUUGCAAAAGCCAGGUAUGGGGAAAGUCAAAUCACCACUCUCCCAUCCUUGGCCCUGAGCCCUACCAUCUGAACCCCUCAAACAGCCUCAGGAUUUUACAAGACUGUCAUAGUGGGGAACCCCUCCCGUCAAAGAUCCGGGCAGGAUUGGGGGGCAGGUUGGGAGUGUGAUGGGUGGGGGGGGCGGGAGGCACGGGCUGGGGGCAGUUCUCUCCUCACUUGUAAACUUGUAGUUUCACAGAAAAAAAAAUGCAGUUUUAAAUAAAGAAAUUUCUUUUUUCCCUGGGUUUAGUUGAGAAUUAUUUUCAAAAACAUGAGAAACCCCAGAAAAAAAAAAUAUUUUUCUCAAAAAUCCCCAAACGGGGUUUUUCCCAAGUCCCCCAGCCUUGCCCUCACCACCCAGGCCCCACGUUUCACCCUCGCCUCCUUUCCACGGAAACAGCCUGGCCUGAACCCUGUUGCUUAGCAAUCUUGCCUAGCCAAAAUGGCACCCCAGUGGUCCACCAGGCAGCCCGCCCUCUGUGGACUGAUGGAAUAGGAUGGGGGUCUUGAGGGGAUAAGAGACCCUAGAAGGUGUACUCCCCACCCCCACGGAUGUGGCUGUGCCCAGAGGCUGGCAGUGCCCAGGGGUGGGGUGAUAAUUGUUUCUCCUGGUACCUGAAGGACUCUUGUCCAAGUAGCAUGAAUUCCUAGCAUUCCCUGUGACGGGAGAGGAUGGGGAGAUGGGGGCAGGGGGCAGGAAAGAGGGUGCAAGCCCAACCUAGGGCGGUGGCCACAGCACUGAGAGGGGCAGACAGAGCCAGGAGCCUGGGCAGGAAGCAGGAUGGCAGCAGGGGCAGCGGCCGGAGCCUGGGUGCUGGUGCUCAGUCUGUGGGGGGCAGUAGUCGGCAGUCAAAACAUCACAGCCCGGAUCGGGAAGCCACUGGUGCUCAACUGUAAGGGGGCUCCCAAGAAACCACCCCAGCAGCUGGAAUGGAAACUGAACACAGGCCGAACAGAAGCUUGGAAGGUCCUGUCUCCCCAGGGAGGUCCCUGGGAUAGCGUGGCUCGUAUCCUCCCCAACGGCUCCCUCCUCCUGCCUGCUGUUGGGAUCCAGGAUGAGGGGACUUUCCGGUGCCGGGCAACAAGCAGGAAUGGAAAGGAGACCAAGUCCAACUACCAAGUCCGAGUCUACCAGAUUCCUGGGAAGCCAGAAAUUGUUGAUCCUGCCUCUGAACUCACGGCUGGUGUCCCCAAUAAGGUGGGGACAUGUGUGUCUGAGGGGAGCUACCCUGCUGGGACUCUUAGCUGGCACUUGGAUGGGAAACCCCUGAUACCUGAUGGGAAAGGAGCAUCUGUGAAGGAAGAGACCAGGAGACACCCUGAGACAGGGCUUUUCACACUCCAGUCGGAGCUGAUGGUGACCCCAGCCCGGGGGGGUGCUCCCCGCCCCACUUUCUCCUGUAGCUUCAGCCCCAGCCUUCCCCGGCGCCGAGCCCUACACACGGCUCCCUUCCAGCUUACUGUCUGGGAGCCUGUGCCUCUGAAGGAGGUCCAGUUGAUGGUGGAGCCAGAAGGUGGAGCAGUAGCUCCUGGUAGUACUGUGACCCUGACCUGUGAAGCCCCUGCCCAGCCCCCUCCUCAAAUCCACUGGAUCAAGGACGGCACACCCCUGCCCCUUCCCCCCAGCCCUGUGCUGCUCCUCCCUGACGUAGGGCCUCAAGACCAGGGCACCUACAGCUGUGUGGCCACCCAUCCCAGCCACGGGCCCCAGGAAAGCCGUGCUGUCAGCAUCAGCAUCAUUGAAACAGGCGAGGAGGGGCCAACUGCAGGCUCUGUGGGUGGGUCGGGGCUGGGAACCCUAGCCCUGGCCCUGGGGAUCCUAGGAGGCCUGGGGACAGCCGCCCUGCUCAUCGGCGCCAUCAUGUGGCGAAGGAGGCAACAACGAGGAAAGGAGCGAAUUCUCCCCAAUACUCCUCCCCAGGAAGGUCCCAGAACACCAGGAGGAGGAGGAGGAGCGUGCAGAGCUGAAUCAGUCAGAGGAGCCUGAGGCAGCCGAGAGCAGUGCAGGAGGGCCUUGAGAGGCCCACAACCAGACCCCAUCCAUCAGCUUCCUUUUCUUUUUCCCACACUAUGUUCUGGCCCCAGACCAGUUCUCCCCUGUAUAAACUCUACCCCACCUCGCCAAACUGUCUUCCACAACCAGAGCCUCCCAGUGAUGAGUAAACACCUGACACAUUUUGUCCGA